CGGGUGCCGGACCCCCGGACCGGGUUGGCCCCUUCCCGGGGAGGGGAUGACCAGAAUAGCUCCGCUAUCGGAUUCCCGCCGGUAUCUCCUCCCGGUGACAUUUGAGCCUGUCCUCGACGUGCGCCGGGGACACCCGGUACCGCCCGAACCCUUCGGACCGGGCCGGCCAACGGGAUGGCGGGGGGAAGGCGGCGUGGGGGCAGCGGACGGCGAGGGGGACCCCGGCAGCACACCGGGACCCCCCAGCCAGCCCCCUCGCCCGCACCCCUCUCUCCUGCAGCCACCGUGACCCAGCGAAACACAGGUGCUGCCACCAAAACUGGACACCCCAAGGAGCCACUGGAGGAAGCGGCGUCGAGGGGACCCGAUGUGGACUCGUUGGGCUUCCAGGCCAUGGACCACAACGUGCCGGGGCUGUCCCAUGUCAUCCUGCAGAAGCUCAACAUGAAGAGUUAUGAGGACUACAAGUCUGCAAUGGAUGGAAGGAAGAGCAGCAGGGACUUUGGCAUCCGCUCCUACUUCGACAUGUUCCAGAAGAUGGAGGACACCUUCAAAUUUUGUGCUGAGUGCAAGAAGCUCCCCGAUGCCCUCCCUGACCCCAAGAGCCUCCGGCGAUGCAAGAGGUGCCAAAACGUGUACUACUGCGAUGUGGUGUGCCAGCGGGCCAACUGGCCACUGCACAAGAAGUUCUGCAAGAAGCUGAAGUUGGUGGCCCUGGACCGGCUGGUGGAGUGGCUCGUCUUCACAGGAGACAUCCCCUUCCCCACAGAGGCCUGGACAAAACCCGCCCAGGAGGUGAAAGGUUGGGAGGACUGGUUCUCCAUGCAGGAGCAGCUGGAGGAGAAGCUGGAUGCCAUCCUGUCCGGGCGGUACAUGACCCUGCUCUGGGCCAACGCCGGGAAGCCCCGUCCGGAGGAUGGGGAGCUGCGGGAAUCCAUCCGGCGGCUGAUCACCGACUGCCACUCGCGGCCGCUCACCAUCGGCCUGGGGCUGCGGCUCUUCGGCAUCGACCCCCUCACCAAGGCCCUCACCGUGCAUGUGGUGGGAGCAUCCCACGUAGAGACCCUCAACACCCGUCUGACGGACUACGACGAGCUGGCACGGAUGUUCCCGGGGCACCAGGGCAUGGAGGUGGUGAUGGUGGGGGUGGACGUGGUCAAUGGACCCAUCAUGAGGCCACCCCUGGCCACGCCAGCACCCCGGGGACAAGUCUAUCUCAGUAGCUACAAGGGGUUGUACCACGACUUCUGGGAAAGCCAUGUGGAGACCAAACUGGCCACCCGGCCUGACCUGGUGGUGGGCUUCCACCCAGGUUUCCACGCCUGCCCGGAGCUGCUGUCAGGCUGGCUGCCCACCCUGCUGCUGCUGCGGGACUACCGCCUGCCCGUCCUCUUCACCCUCUACAGUGAGCAGGAGCUGAAGUCCUCCCUGCAGAUCCUGGUGGAGCUGGAGACCCACGUCUUGGGCUCGGCUGCCAACCCCUUUGCCUCGCUCAGGCCCGAGCAGGUGUACUCCAGCCCCAACAAGGCACCUGUCUACUGCAGCUCCCACUACGUGGCCCUGCUGGGACCAGUGACAACUGCUGUGCCCGGGGCUGAGGAGCUGGAGGAUGAUGAUGGUGUGCUGGGAGGGGAGCCUGGAGCCACCGGUGUGGCUGGGGACAUCUGACUCUGCAGCCAGCACUGUCCUGCCCUGCCCCAGGACCCUGGGAUGGGCCAUCCACCCAUCCCUCACCAUGCACACCCAGUCCUGGGGGAUGCAGCACCCUGGCACAGGCACAGCCCCCAUGGCAAUGCCCAAUAAACCACUGCCAGC